UUACAGAGAAAAAGCAAUAUAAAUAACUCGCAGCAGAUUUUUCUGUGGAAAGAUUAAAAAGGAAAAGGAGGGAACAGAAGCCAUGAUGAAUCAUAUUCUGAUUAAACUGUUUUGGUCUAAUACAGUUUUCUUUGAAAGUUUUGUUAAGUUUACAGCCUACGGUUGUAUAGAAAAUGUAUUCUAGAGAGGUCUAUACAGGCAAGAGUUUUGUCAUGUCCCCCCAGUUUGAAUGCUUUUGGAGAGUAGAGUGAUUGAAUGGAUUAUGGGUCGCCUUAAUUUAUUUAGAUCUGGGGAAGUAGAGAACUGAUGAGUGGAGUGGAUUUUUUCUGUGGUUCUUUGGCAUGGUGGAUUGAAUUAUGAUGGUGUUAUGAGUUGGGCAUUUUGAUUGGAAGAGUUUGGAUUUGGGAGAUAAUUUUUUAGAGGGUAGGAAUGGGAUCCUGUGCAUCAGUGAAUAGAAGGGUUAACGAGGAGCAAGACUCUUCCUGUAUGCCGAAGCUGAGAUGGAGAAAGAGGCAUCUGGAGGCUCUGAAUUACUAUGCUGCAGAUGAUGAGGAUCGGGAUUUCUCAAAGAGGAUGUGUUCUAAUGGGGCCAGCAAGGUUGCUUGUGUUUUCACUCAGCAAGGGCGGAAGGGCGUUAACCAGGAUGCCAUGGUGGUUUGGGAGGAUUUUCUUUCAGAUGAUACAAUAUUCUGUGGGAUUUUCGAUGGCCAUGGUCCUCAUGGUCAUCUUGUUGCUCGUAGGGUUAGGGAUUCACUGCCAAUGAAGCUGCAUUCCUGUUGGCAAUCUUUCAAGGACAAAGCAAAUGAAAAUUAUGGUUCUGAUAGAUACAAUAACAGAAAGAAGGCAAAAAAUGCUCCUGAUGAUUUGGAUGGAGAAAUCAAUUCAGAGAAGGAACUAACACUUUUUUCUGCCUGGAAAGAAACGUAUCUGAAAGCAUAUAAAGUAAUGGACAAAGAAUUGAGGUCUAAUUCAACUGUAGACUGCUUUUGCAGUGGAAGCACUGCUGUUUCUGUUAUUAAGCAGGGACAAUACCUUUUUAUUGGAAACAUUGGAGAUUCUCGUGCUGUUCUUGGAACAAAAGCAGCUGAUGGUUCUGUCGUUGCUACUCAACUGACUGUUGAUCUGAAGCCUAACUUGCCAAGGGAAGCAGAACGAAUCAAACGAUGUAGGGGUCGGGUUUUUGCUUUGCAAGAUGAACCUGAAGUGCAUAGGGUAUGGUUACCAUAUGAUGAUGCUCCAGGUUUGGCAAUGGCAAGGGCAUUUGGAGAUUUCUGUUUGAAAGAAUAUGGUGUGAUUGCCAUACCUGAAGUUUCAUAUAGGUUGCUCACGGAGAGAGACCAAUUUGUUGUGCUUGCUUCUGAUGGGGUUUGGGAUGUCUUGAGCAAUGAAGAAGUGGUUCAGAUUGUCUCAUCUGCACCUACUCGAUCCUUGGCUGCAAGAAUGCUAGUAGAAUCAGCCGUUCGUGAAUGGAGAUUUAAGUAUCCAACAUCGAAGAUGGAUGAUUGUGCUGUAGUGUGUUUGUAUUUAGAUUCUAAAGAGGAUGACCAGCUAGGACAGGAGAACAUAUCAACCUCUUCAAAUGGUAUUGAUCAGAUGGAGCCCCUUGGCAUGGUUGGUAAUGGACUGAAAGAUGCAUUUACUGGGCAGCAAAAAGACCAGAUAGAAGAGGAGGGUCCAUUGUUGCAGCGUCUUUUUACAAUCCGAGCUACUGAUGAAUCUCAAUCUUGCCUUCAAUCAAUAGUCAUAUUGGAACCUUCAAAAGAACUAAAAGAGUGCUGUGAAGAAAAUGUUUUAGAUCCUGUUGAACCUCUUGAUGCCAUUGAUCAGAACUGGUCUGGACUUGAAGGUGUUACAAGAGUUAACUCACUUGUCCGACUUCCCAGAUUUCCUGAUGAAAAGAGCUUGUAGAACAAAAUCAGGCUAUUGUUUAAUGUUUACCCAUAAUGCAGUAUAUUAGUUUGAAUCAUUUCCUUUGUUUUUAUAUGAUUACUGUAAACCUGUUAAGUGAUAACUUGCUAAUAAACUUGCUCCAUAUGCAAGUUUAUCUCCUAUCAUCAGUUUUGUUUAAAUGUUUUUUAUAACCCACAUCGUCAAUGCCCUGCUGAUUCCUUGAGCGUACAUUGUAUUUUGCUAAGGACCAACUUGUGUUUCCUCUGUACAUUUUCUUUCCACUAUUGAAAGGACAUUCGUGCUUUUGAAUGA